CUCUCUCUCUCUGAGGCGAUGUAAGAUGGCGCAGUGAGGAGCGCUGAGGGUGUUUAAAGCUUCCUCCUCUACACACUGCUGUGACACUCGGAGUCCCAAAUGUCCGUGGCCAAUGCCAAACAGGCCGUCUUCAACCCGGUAAUUCCCUUCACAGGACUCAUCCCAGGGGGGCUCCGGCCCGGGGACAUGGUGCUCGUGCAGGGGCGUGUCCUCAACCAGGCCGACAGGUUCCAGUUGGACCUGACCUGCGGCUGCAGCACGAAACCCCGAGCCGACAUCGCAUUCCACUUCAACCCUCGCUUCAGGAACUCGCCGUGCAUCGUCUGUAACUCCUUACAGCAGGGUAGCUGGGGCAGAGAGGAGACGCUUGAUCAGAUGCCCUUUAAGCAGGGAGUGUCCUUUGAAACAAUCAUUCUAGCGCAGGAAGAUGUGUUCAAGGUGGCAGUAAACGGAGCUCAUGUCCUGGACUAUAAGCACCGGAUCCCCUUGCACAGGGUCGACACAUUCUCUGUGUCAGGAAAAGUUCAAAUUCAAGCCAUUGGCUACGUCUCAAGCUCAGCAAUAUUUUCAGAAUCAGGUGAUCUGAGUAUCCCGUACAGGGGAAGUAUACUUAAAGGGCUCAGUCCUGGGCAGCACAUCACUAUUAAGGGCCACGUCAGCUUAUUUCCUCACAGUUUCUCGGUGAACUUGAGAUGCAGCGAGUCUAAAAACAUCGCCCUUCACGUGAACGCACGAAUCAAGUCGGGCAUGCUCGUCCGAAACUCUUACCUGAGCGAGUCUUGGGGGCCGGAGGAGCUCGAGCUGUCGUACUUCCCGUUCACAGCCGGGAAAUAUUUUGAGAUCAUCAUCCUGUGCCAGAACCACCAGUUUAAAAUGGCCGUGAAUGGAGAGCACCUGCUGGAGUACAGACACCGAGUGCAGGACCUGAGCUCCAUCACCCAGCUGGAGGUCCUCGGAGACGUGGACUUGCAGGACGUUAAGCUCUGGUGACUCUCGGCUCGGUCACGAUCGCUUCAGCACUAUCGUGUGUGUGUGUGCGCGUUAUUUAAUUUUUUUUUAAACAGCCAAUUAACGGAUACGCAGCUGAGACACCCAGAGCGCACGCGAAGAACGGGCUGCGUUUAACUCGGACUUGCAUCCAUGGACAAUUGAUUUUAAUUUUUUCCACGGUGUAGCAAUUAGCAAAGAGAAUAAUGAAACAAAAGGCGUAAUUAGAGGCUACUUAGUCUCUGUGUCACAGUUAAAGAAUCAGGGAGUGUUUUAAGAGACGUGACGGCCUGAGAAACACACACAGAGUAACACAGACUCACAAAGCUGUUAGAGAGGAGAUUACCUGGAUGAGUGCGUCGUCACUAAGUUAUAUUUAAAUUGACUACAGUGCUUAACUAUUAAAUUUGUUGCACAGUCGGCUCCAGAAGUGUUGGCACCCUUAAAGAAAAUGUAUGAUUAUUUGAUCUUAAACAUGGAAUUUUAAGAGUUACCCCUCCCCCCCGCCCCGCCAAUUUGUAUGAUUGAUUACUGCAGCACGUAUCAAUCAAUCAGCCCAGAUGUUUCAGAGAUAAAAUUUAAGCCUAAUCAGCUGGUCAAUGCAUAAAAUACAGUAUAUAGCUUUAAAAUAUCAGCUUAAAUCCAACAGCAGCUGUUACGACGGUGUCUGGGUUUUAUGGAUGGAAAUGUUCAGGGGGAAAAAAAAUUAAACUGAAGGCUCAGUUAAAUUCACAUAUGAGGGUACAUACAGUAUUUGCCUAACGUGCCUAAUGUUUAAGUAAGAAUUAAAAACUUAAAGGGAACCCCGUCGUGUUCGUUUGGUUAAAGUUGAUGAGUGUAUAGGCAAAGAGUGCAAAUGUUUUAUUAUUAUAGAAUAACAUUCUUAUUAUAAUUAUUGUGCUUUAUACUUAUGUAUUUAAUAAAGCAUGUACUGUAAUGAACACUAGAGUGACCUCAUAAGCUUUAAUCACAGUUCCGCGUGUCCAAAAGAGAUCCACUUAUUAGUGAAACUAAAAUAAAAGUAAAAAAAAUGGGUUCAAGUUUGUUUCAGGACAUCAGCUGACUUCAUUUUACCGCCACUUCGCUCUGGAAAAGGUUUAAUCAAAGAGAUCACAUGAUCUUCUGAUAAAAUAAAGUCAGCUGACGACCUGAACGGUUAUCACAUCUAUGGAGUUUUAUUUCCCAGAUGGCGCAACCCACAGUUCAGGACAAAGUGUUUCUGGAAUCACUUUCACACAUUAAAGCCAAAUGCAGGUGAAGGAAAUAUUAGUGUGCAACUUUUGUUUUUGGUCAGAUGUUUAUUAUUUUUAUGCACUGUUGGUUUGCCCGCACUGAAAAACAUGAAAAUAUGUUUAUAGAAAACAUUUCAGAAUUUAAAAACUAUCCCAGGAAUUGAUGUCAAACAGCUAAAUUACCUUUAAAACUGAAAGAAAAAAAACAUCAGAAAAAGAAAAUGUAUAAUUUAAUACUAAAUGUAGUGCUAUACGUUGUAUUAAUAUAUAUGACAUUAUUUCAUCAUAAUCAAUAUCAAUAUAUUGUAAUGUACAUUAUACUAUUUUUCUUUUCCUGAAGUGUGU